GCCUGUUGUGUUGCUGCUUUGGUUAUCCAGUGGUUCGAAUCGAAACAGGUUUGGCAUGUUUAAACUAAUGUACUGGUGCUUGCGAAUCAAAUACAUGGGAAUUUUAAGUAUUCAUAAGCAAUUCUUGAACAGUUAUGGUGAACGUUUCUUUCCGUCAGGAGUUAGCUCAAAAUUCAAAGUGAUAAUUACGUUUUUGACUGGCAAUCAAUCGACUUUUUACAACGUCUAAAUCAAAAGCACUAAUACCAUACGUUAAUUUCGUAUUUUUUAUUGUAUUAGUUCAUAAUUUUAUUUUAACAGGAACUGUAAUGACUGAGAACUAUGAGUACAUGCCGCGAGCGAGGCAGGACCCUGAUGUUGAAUAUCCUUUAACAAUUAAGUAUUGUGGUGGUUAGUGUUUUUGCUCACGAAAUACUUUCAUACAGAAUGCACUAUGCCUCUGGAGUAUUGUGAAUUUUCACCAUUUCCUGAAAAAUGUCGAGCAUGGUUAGAGAAAAAUUUACCUGAAGAGUUUGAACGACUUAAUACUGAUGAUGUGGAUUCAAAUCAAACUGAGGCAACGCCUAAAGGACGUCAAGUUAGGGGUGGAAAAGGAGGACCUAAAAAGCCAGUAAAACAACAAAUAGCAGUAUUUAAAACUUCCAGAGGCAAGAAAAAAUAUACGACUAGUGUCACUGGAUUGUCCACAUUUGGGAUUGAUCUGAAAGCAGCUUCGAAAGUAUUUGGUCACAAAUUUGCAACCGGUAGUUCAGUAACGGGGAAUGGUGAUGAAAUUGUAAUUCAGGGAGAUGUAAAAGACGAGCUAAUUAAUGUAUUAAUAGAAAAAUGGCCAGAAAUUGAUAAAGACGUAAUAGAGAAUCUCGGGGAAAUGAAACGAUAGACCAAAUUCGUUAUUUUGGUGUACAGUGUUGUAAUUAAUUUUCUUGCUUUGAAAAUACAACCCUUUAUAUUGUUGAA